AUCAUACUAGUGAGUGGUAUUCAUUGCUUAAACAAUAAUCAUUAUAGCUUAGAUUAAGGUACCCCAUCUGUUGACCAUCAACGUUCAUGGCGACGUUCUUGUACAGUAGUUUCCUGAAUCAAUAUCAAACACUAUAUAUUUCAACAUGUAAAGCCUGCUGGGCUGAUAUGCUAUAGAGUGUUGCUCAGUCGGAUGUGGAUACCUCACUUUAAAACGUUUAGUUUGCAAGGACCGUGUGCCAUAAAAUUCAUUGAAAAUAUCUAGUUUUAUUGUUGAAGUUGAGAGCGUGUGCAUCGUGUUGUGUUGUUUCUCGGAUAUUUUACUGUAAACGUUAUGUGGCCGUGUGCAAGAAUUGCGUCGUAUGCACUGACCAAUUCUUCAGGACUUAUAUUACCAUAUCUGUAAUUUACCGGAUCCGCAUCAAACAAACAUCAAAAUGUCAUCAGAAGAAACUUUCCAUUGUCAUUCCAAAGAGAAGACUGGUAACAAAAAGGUGGCUAAAAGCAAACUUCUUAUUGUUUUAUGUCUGUGUCUGCUGUUUAUGGUUGUAGAAGCUAUAGGUGGUGUUUUAUCCAACAGUUUAGCGUUAUUUACCGAUGUCCUGCAUCUAGGAAGUGAUUUAAUUAGUUUUUUAAUUAGUUUAUUAGCCAUUUAUCUCUCACAAAAACCACCGUCAAGAACCAUGUCUUUUGGUUAUCACAGAGCUGAAGUGGUAGGAGCUUUAUUCAGUGUAUUAUUUAUAUGGAUGGUAUCAGGUAUUCUGUGUUAUAUUGCUACAUUAAGAAUCAUACAUGAAGACUAUAAAGAUGUGAAGGCAGAUGAAAUGUUGAUAACGGCUGGUCUCGGUGUUGUUUUUAACUUAAUAAUGGCGGGCGUUUUACACAUCAAUGUUAAACAUUCUCAUUUUGGUCAUAACCAUUCUCACAGUCCAGGUGAUAGUCAUUCUCAUACACCGUUCAAGGAAUAUUCUCAUGCAUCUUAUGGUACGAAUAAUGAAAGUGACGCGACAUAUGAGCCCAUGGAAGAAUCACCGCCUAGUACGGAAAACAUAAACGUGAGGGCUGCGUUUAUUCAUUGUGUGGGUGACAUCAUACAGAGUUUAGGAGUUUUUAUUGCGGCGUUAAUUAUAAAACUAACGACUGAACCAGAAUAUCGUCUUGCUGAUCCCAUUUGUACCUUUAUAUUUUCAAUAAUAGUCUUAUUUACAACAAUAAACAUCGCUAGAGAUGGUAUACGGGUAAUCUUAGAAGCUGUUCCCCACGGGAUUAGUUUUGAGAGUAUUAAAAGUGAAUUAGAGUCUAUAAGAGGAGUUAAAAUGGUCCAUAGUCUGUAUAUCUGGCCUCUGACCGUUGGGCGUAAUGCUGUAACAGUUCAUCUUGCCAAAGACUCAGAAUUUGAUAACCCCGACAUAAUGGAAACAGCCACCAGAAAAUUAAAAUCCGAAUUUAAUUUCUCGUAUAUAACCGUACAAGUGGAAAAUUAUAAUUUUGAAAUUAUGUCAAAAUGUACAGAUUGUAAAGAGAUAUGAUCAUAAAAAAUGUCUGUUUUGUAUAUUAUAAUCAUAUUAUUUUGUUGUUUGAAUCCAAAUUCUCAGACUGUUGAAAAAUGCCUCCAUUACAAGUGUGUACUGUGUA